UUACCUUUAAUAUCAAAUUGUUAUACUUAAAGGCCAUGGAAGCAUACAAGAAGAAAACACAAAAAGUUAAAUGAACAUUACUUUUAGCCUAAGAAAAUGUUUAAAUCGUGAUCACUGGUAGUCACGACAUAGGUUAGUAGCUGACAGAAAGGAUGCUCGGACAAACAACGUUCCUGCUGCUAGUUUCUGUGGCCUGGGCAGCAGACGUGGACGGCGGCACUAACUCGUGGCUGGAGUGGAGCACGUGCUCGGUCAGCUGUGGUCAUGGUUACCACGUGCGCUCAAGGAUCUGUGACAAUCCGGAACAGGAAGGCAAUGGGAUCAAAUGCAUUGACAGCGACCAUGAAACAAAAAACUGUAAUAUGAUCCACUGCCCAGUUGACGGUUUUUGGGGAUCCUGGGAUGCCUGGAACCCGUGUUCGGUCACGUGUGGCGUGGGGAUCAAGUUUCGAAAACGGCACUGCGACAGCCCAGCACCGGCCUACAACGGCACCGACUGUGUGGGAUCCUCGCUUAGCUUUUUGCAAUGCCAGCAAGUGAACUGUCCAAUCGAUGGUGCCUGGUCCCCAUGGGGAGCAUUUGGAGCAUGUAGCAGCACAUGUGGUUACAAUGCGUACAAGGAAAGGAACCGAACGUGCAGCCAACCGGCGCCUGCGUAUGGUGGACAGGACUGCAACGGAACUGACAUCAACAGCACUCCGUGCACGUUCAUAGACUGUAAAGAUGGAACGUGGGAAGAGUGGGCGGAGUGGGGCGCGUGCAGUGCCACGUGCGGCACAACGGUGAAGUUCCGCUUCCGAGAUUGCACAUUCUCGGCGCGCAAUGGCUCCUGUGCAGGCGACGAAUACAUGAGCGGAAUUUGUUCCACCCCGUGCCCAGUGGACGGCGCCUGGUCUCAGUGGUUGCCAUGGGCGGCAUGUACAGUCACGUGUGAAACUGGAGUAACCAAUCGAACUCGACUGUGCAGCAAUCCCGCGCCUGCAAACGGAGGCAAGACGUGUGAAGGAAUCAAAUACGAAACGAAAUCGUGCACUGUAACGACGACCUGUCCAAUUGACGGCGAAUGGGGCUCAUGGAACGCUUGGUCCGAUUGUGACAAAACUUGUGGGGACGGGGUAAGUUUUCGGCUUAGGAAGUGUGACAACCCACCUCCCAUGUACAACGGGUCACUCUGCGCUGGUAAAAAUAUCGACAUCGAGCUGUGCAAUUCAAACACAUGCUCAGUGGACGGCGGCUGGUCCUCAUGGUAUCCAUGGAGUGAGUGUUCGAUCACAUGUGGUAACGGUACCGCUACGAGAGUGCGUACGUGCAAUAAUCCGAAACCAGUAGCAGGCGGUGCGUUCUGCGACGGCGAAUACGAGGAAUUUAAAAACUGCAGCAUCAACCCAGAUAUCACGAACUGCACGAUCGAUGACGGCUGGGGUUCCUGGGGUUCCUGGGGACCUUGGGGCGGCUGCAUAGUCACUUGUGGGAACGGCACCAUGGAGCGCAUGCGCGAGUGCAACAACCACCGGUCGCACGGCGAGGGCAAGCAGUGCAACGGCACGUCCAUCGACUAUCAUUCCUGCGACUCUCCAACGCACUGCCCGAUGGACGGCGGCUGGUCCUCAUGGCAUCCAUGGAAUGAGUGUUCGAUCACAUGUGGUUACGGUACCGCUACGAGAGUGCGUACGUGCAAUAAUCCGAAACCAGUAGCAGGCGGUGCGUUCUGCGACGGCGAAUACGAGGAAUUUAAAAACUGCAGCAUCAACCCAGAUAUCACGAACUGCACGAUCGAUGACGGCUGGGGUUCCUGGGGACCUUGGGGCGGCUGCCAAGUCAGUUGUGGAAACGGCACCAUGGAGCGCAUGCGCGUGUGCAACAACCACCGGUCGCACGGCGAGGGCAAGCAGUGCAGCGGCACGUCCAUCGAGUAUCAACCCUGCGACUCUCCAACGCACUGCCCGAUGGACGGCGGCUGGUCCUCCUGGUAUCCAUGGAGUGACUGUUCGAUCACAUGUGGUAACGGUACCGCUACGAGAGUGCGUACGUGCAAUAAUCCGAAACCAGUAGCAGGCGGUGCGUUCUGCGACGGCGAAUACGAGGAAUUUAAAAACUGCAGCAUCAACCCAGAUAUCACGAACUGCACGAUCGAUGACGGCUGGGGUUUCUGGGGACCUUGGGGCGGCUGCCAAGUCACUUGUGGGAACGGCACCAUGGAGCGCAUGCGCGUGUGCAACAACCACCGGUCGCACGGCGAGGGCAAGCAGUGCAGCGGCACGUCAAUCGAGUAUCAACCCUGCGACUCUCCAACGCACUGCCCGAUGGACGGCGGCUGGUCCUCCUGGUAUCCAUGGAGUGAGUGUUCGAUCACAUGUGGUAACGGUACCGCAACGAGAGUGCGUACGUGCAAUAAUCCGAAACCAGUAGCAGGCGGUGCGUUCUGCGACGGCGAAUACGAGGAAUUUAAAAACUGCAGCAUCAACCCAGAUAUCACGAACUGCACGAUCGAUGACGGCUGGGGUUUCUGGGGACCUUGGGGCGGCUGCCUAGUCACUUGUGGAAACGGCACCAUGGAGCGCAUGCGCGUGUGCAACAACCACCGGUCGCACGGCGAGGGCAAGCAGUGCAGCGGCACGUCCAUCGAGUAUCAUCCCUGCGACUCUCAAACGCACUGUCCGAUGGACGGCGGCUGGUCCUCCUGGUAUCCAUGGAGUGAGUGUUCGAUCACAUGUGGUAACGGUACCGCUACGAGAGUGCGUACGUGCAAUAAUCCGAAACCAGUAGCAGGCGGUGCGUUCUGCGACGGCGAAUACGAGGAAUUUAAAAACUGCAGCAUCAACCCAGAUAUCAAAAACUGCACGAUCGAUGACGGCUGGGGUUCCUGGGGACCUUGGGGCGGCUGCCUAGUCACUUGUGGGAACGGCACCAUGGAGCGCAUGCGCGAGUGCAACAACCACCGUUCGCACGGCGAGGGCAAGCAGUGCAGCGGCACGUCCAUCGAGUAUCAACCCUGCGACUCUCCAACGCACUGCCCGAUGGACGGCGGCUGGUCCUCAUGGUAUCCAUGGAGUGAGUGUUCGAUCACAUGUGGUAACGGUACCGCUACGAGAGUGCGUACGUGCAAUAAUCCGAAACCAGUAGCAGGCGGUGCGUUCUGCGACGGCGAAUACGAGGAAUUAAAAAACUGCAUCAUCAACCCAGAUAUCACGAACUGCACGAUCGAUGACGGCUGGGGUUCCUGGGGACCUUGGGGCGGCUGCCAAGUCACUUGUGGGAACAGCACCAUGGAGCGCAUGCGCGAGUGCAGCAACCCCCGGCCGCACGGCGAGGGCAAGCAGUGCAGCGGCACUUCCAUCGAGUAUCAUCCCUGCGACUCUCCAACGCACUGCCCGAUGGACGGCGGCUGGUCCUCCUGGUAUCCAUGGAGUGAGUGUUCGAUCACAUGUGGUAACGGUACCGCUACGAGAGUGCGUACGUGCAAUAAUCCGAAGCCAGUAGCAGGCGGUGCGUUCUGCGAUGGCGAAUACGAGGAAUUUAAAAACUGCAGCAUCAACCCAGAUAUCACGAACUGCACGAUCGAUGACGGCUUGGGUUCCUGGGGACCUUGGGGCGGCUGCCUAGUCACUUGUGGGAACGGCACCAUGGAGCGCAUGCGCGAGUGCAAAAACCACCGGUCGCACGGCGAGAGCAAUCAGUGCAGCGGCACGUCCAUGGAGUAUCAUCCCUGCGUCUCUCCAACGCACUGCCCGAUGGACGGCGGCUGGUCCUCAUGGUAUCCAUGGAGUGAGUGUUCGAUCACAUGUGGUAACGGUACUGCUACGAGAGUGCGUACGUGCAAUAAUCCGAAACCAGUAGCAGGCGGUGCGUUCUGCGUCGGCGAAUACGAGGAAUUUAAAAACUGCAGCAUUAACCCAGAUAUCACAAACUGCACGAGCAAGUCAAACUGAUGGCGGAGGUACACACAAUGCUUGGCCGUUAGCGGACUCCUAAUGUGAAUUAUACUGUUUAGUGUAUGAGCGCAUGCCUUGAAUAAUUAACAAUUCACUUUGGGGAAACACACGUUGUAAUAUUUUGGUGUGACGUGUUUAUUUCCAAAAAUGAUCUUUUUUUUGUAUUUUCUUUUUUUUAAAUAUUCAAUAUAAUACAUACAAUGUAUAGAUGUAUAUGAUCAUAAAACAAAGUUAUACCAUGUAGCAGCAAUAAUGUUCAAACAUGUUAUACAAGAUAUGCUAAUAUAUACUUUUUUGACCUUGUGGUUUCAUUUUGAUUAAAAAAAAGAAAAAUGUUACUUCGAAUUGUUUUCUUUGGUCGUUUGUGAUUUUUGAGAAAGAAAAACAACAGUUGCCUAAAAUGGAUAGAAAGCAUACUGGACUUGUUUAUGAAAGUUUAAUGUGUUUCCAUUUUUGUUCAAAUAUAUAAAGUGUAUCAUUGUUUAGGGCUAUUUCUUUUUCAAUUUGUAUCUUCAGUUUUAAAUAAUUGAUAAAACAGUUCAUUGUAGGUUUUUGUUUUCUGUAUUUCAUGCUGAAUGUAAAAUAUUUCAUUAAUAUAAUUAUGUAAUUCACAGCGUUAUUAACCUCUUGUAUUUUUAAGGUAUUUACCCCUAAACUGAUGUCUAAGAGAGAUAGUUUAACAUUUAAGUGUUGUUUCUCUAUAAAGGUUGUCAAUUGAUUCCAUAGAGAUUGAAUAUGUUUACACUCCCAAAAAAGGUGUUCUAUUGUUUCAAUAUGUUCACUACACAUAUCACAUAGAUUUGUGAUGGAAAGGUUGUACUUAAAAAGAUAUUUAUUUGCAGCUAUGAUUCUCUGGAUGCAUUUCUAUUGAAAAGUUCUAAGUGUGCUAUCAGUAGUUCAUUUAUAUGGCAUGACAAAUAUUUGUUUCCGAUUGAAUUCUUUUUCUCUGAGAAGGUUUUGCCAUUUAGUUUGAGCUUUGGAGAUUUCGGCAGGGUUUUUAAUUUGAAGUGUGUAAAAUAUUUUGUUCGUUUUGUUUUGUUUUGCAGUUAUGUUUUCUACGAAUGUUUUUUGAGUUCAUGGUGUGUUAUUUUUAUUGGAAGCAGCUUUGAUAUGUAUGGGUAUACUUUUGACCAAUGUGUAGUACAUUAGGAAAUUACCUGUAGGUAUUCCGUAUAUGUAGCAUAAGUUUUCAAAAGAAUAGAAGUCGUUUAUUCCGUUGUCGUACAAUUGAUCUACAUAUUUUAUGUUUUGUUCAAACCAAUGUUUAUAGAAAACCGUUUAUUGUUAGUAGUUAUAUCUUUAUUGUUCCAUAUAAUGAUUUUACUGUUUAUUUUGGUUUCUAGAUUAUGAGUAACUUAACACCAUGCCGAUAGAACAUUCGAUAGACAUAUGUUUUGGUUGAAAUUUCAUCUAAGAUAUUAUUUUCGAUAUUACAUUUAAAAAGUAAGGAGUCACCAUAUGUAUUUCGAUUUUUUUGGUAGAAUAAUCUCCAUUUACUCGUAUUGGUAUUAUCUAAAUAUAUUUUAACCCAACUGCAUUUGAUUGCAUUCAGGAAUGAAUCUAUGUCCGUUAGUCUGAUACCUCCAUGUUCUACUGGUUGAAUUAAUUGAGUUCGCUUAAUUUUAUCAGGUUUACCGUCCCAUAUGAAAUUAAAUAUUUCUGAUUUUAUAUCUUCAAUAAUAUCAUUUGGUGGGUUUGGGAGAACUGUUAGUGUGUAAAUUAAUUUAGGGAGCGCAAACGUUUUCAACGCGGUGUUUUUCCCCGAUAAGUGUUAGUUUUACGAUGCUGCCAUAAUUGUAAACAAUUUUUUAAUUUUUGUAAUUUAGGCAAUAUGUUUUUUAGAACUGUUUCAUUUUUUUAUUGUUUGUAAAGGUUAUUCCUAACGUUGUUACUUCAUCUGAUGUCCAGUUGAAUUUCAUUUCUUUUUUAAGAUGAAUAUUACUUUGUUUAAAUUUACCUACUCGUAGCACAGUGCAUUUACAUUUGUUAACUUUAGGACCCGAUGCCAUUCCAAAAAAGGGUUAGUGAAUCUAUAAGAUUAUUGAAUGAGUCACUACUGUCAUUUAUAAAGUAAGUUGCAUCGUCAGCAAAUAGUGACUGUUUAAUUUCUUCGUCAGGUUCUAACGAUAUUCCCUUCAUAUGUUUAUUUGAUUGGAUAUAGUGUGAUAGAUACUCGAUGCAUAUAAUAAAUAGCGAGGAUGAAAGUGGAUAUCCUUGUCUUACCCCUCGUUCGAUGUUAAAGGUGCCUUUUCACAGAUUUUGGCAUUUUUUAACUUAUUCAUUAAAUGCUUUAUAUCGAUAAAUGUAAAAAUUGGAUCGUAAAAGCUCCAGUAAAAAAUCAAGAAUAAAAUUUAAAAAAAGGAAAAGUACAUUGCCCGGGACAGGUUUCGAACCAGUGACCCCUGGAGUCCUGCCAGAGUCCUGAAGUAAAAACGCUCUAGUCUACUGAGCUAUUCCGCCGAGUACACGUACUCGACGUAUUUUAUACCUUAUAUAAGCAAUCUUCGUAUUUUCACAAAAUUUAACGACAAAAACAGAACUGUCCAAAUUAUUCAAUCGUUUCGCGUUGCAACGCUUUAUAAUUUUUAGGUUUUAAAUUCGUCAAAAGAUGCAUAUAAUGGCUUAGACCUUGGUAAAUGUUCAGUAUUACUGUUUCCUCACAAUUAUCAUAACUAAAACGAAAAUUUGCGAAUCUGAAACAACUUUUUUCAAUUUUGUCAAUUUACCAAAGCGUGAAAAGAUCCCUUUAAAGCUGUUUGAGACGAAGCCUUUGUUAAUAAUUAUGCUGUUUAUAUCGGUAUAAAAUAGUUUAACCCAUUUAUUAGACUUUCACCAAAAUUCAUAUUUUCUAAGCAAGAGAACAUAAACGAAUGGUCUAGUGAAUCGAAAGCCUUUUCGAAGUCUGCAAAGAAAAUGAGGCCAGAAUUGUCUGGUUGGUUGAAAUAAUUUAUGCAUUGUUGUAUCAGACGUACAUUUUCACCAAUGUAACGUCCUUUAAUGAAGCCAGAUUGAGAUCUUGAAAUGAUUGAUGGUAAUAUUUUUUUAAUUCUGUUUGAUAUACUUUUAGUUGCAAUUUUAUAAUCAUUGUUCAGAAAACUAAUCGGGCGCCAGUUUGAUAUGGAUUCUAAUUUUUUAUUUCCAGUUUUUGGAAUGAGUGAUAUUGUACCUUGUUUUUGUAGCGUAGUUAAGUUUUCGUUGUUAAAUGAAUAGUUAAGUGAAUUGAUUAAAUGUGUUUUAAUAUCAUUUCAAAAUAUUUUAUAAAAUUCGAAUGUGAUGCAAUCAGAUCCUGGACUUUUGUUAUUUUGCAUUUCUUUUAGUGCUAUUCCACAUUCAUAUUCAUUACGUAAUCCGUCGCACAAUAAUUUUUCUUCUUGGUUUAAAGGAUGAUGUGUAUUUUUAAAAAGGGUGUUAUUUUCAACAUGUUUUCGUUUAUAGAGGGUUUCGAAAAAUAAACGUUGUUCUUCUAGUAUUUUAGUUCUGUUUGUUAUAUCUUCGCCAUUAACUACUUAUUUGUGUACAAGUUUUUUGUUCACUUCUACGUAUUUCAAUGUUUGCUAAGUAUUUUGUAUUGUUUUCGUUGUGUUCAACAUGCUGUGCACGCGCUUGUAGUAUUAUUCCAUUGAGUUGUGUAUGAUAGAUUCCUUCUAAUACUUGUUUGUUUGAUGUUAUUUGAUUUUCAAUGGCGGUGGUAUCAUUUGUGUUUGUUUCAUGCAAUUGUUUUUUUCAGGUAUUUCAAUGGUUUUGAUGGUUUCAGUUUCAAGUUUGUGUGUUUCUUUUUGUUUAAAUGAUGUGUAUCUAAUUGUUGUGUUACGUAUAUUUCCUUUAAUUACUUCCCACAGGGUGUUUGUGUUUGCAUCUUUAUUAUUUUGAACUGUGUUUAAUAAAAAGUGACUCAGAUAUUAAAAAUAGUCUAAUCUACAAAAUAUUGUUGGUUUUUUGUUUGAGUGUCAGGUGAAUUUGCUAUCGUGUGGAUUAACUGUAAGCCAGAUGUCUAUCAUAUUGUAGUUUUCAAUUAUGUUAUUCAAAAUGUUUCUAUUUUUAGGAUGAGUAUAAAGGUUUCCCUUCUUUUUAUCUAAUAAUGGGUUCAGGACAGUAUUGAAAUCACCACCGAUUAUAAUAUUUUUAUCUUGGUUAUUAAUAAUAAAGGAUUGUAAUGUUUCGUAAAAUGUGGAAUCAUCUAUGUUAGGACCGUAGACGUUGAUUAAUGUUAAUUGUGUUUUAUGUAUUUUGAUAUCUAUACUUGCUAGUCUGCCAAUUAUUAAUUCGUUAAAGUUAUCGACUGUUAUCCCUAUAUUGUUUUUAAUCAAAAAGGCAAUGCCUUGUUUAUUAGUAUGUUGUCCACUGAUAUAAAUGUCUCCGUCCCAUUCA